UUGUAUGGUAACCUGAGUCAAUAAUAAAAUAACAACGUUUCGUUAAAUGUACAGUAGACAAGACUGAUUGAUCAAAAUUUGAAGAGGUGGAGAAUUUGAUUGAGAUAAUCGAUAGUGUAGGAUCCAGUUGUAACAUGCGUGAUUGUUUGGGCGACAAACAUAUCCUUUUCCUAAGUCCACGGUUAUGUACAUGUAAAAAUGGUGAUGAUACUCGCAGUUGUUGAUUUUUGGAGGGCAAAGCAUAUUGACGUAUUCCGAUAGCGAAAGCGUUAUAGCUCAAGCAAGUAUCGAAACCAUUACUUUUCUUCUUUCAAGGUGAUGGAGUGAUGAACACUCUUUGUCCUGCUUUUUCUACAUGGAGGGAAGCCAAGGUACUGUCACCCGCAGAUUUUCAAAUUUUAUUGUGAUGGGUUUCUCUGAUAGACAUGAGGAGGUGUGCCAUUAUUUUCUUGGGAUAUUCUUUUCCUCACUUUUCUUGUCAUGUCUGCUUGGGUUUCUCUCCGAUUCGUUUACCGUUCCUUGUUGGAAGAUAUUUGAGCCAAAGUCUUCAUUCUUCAUCCAAUACCAGACCUUUUCCCAAUUAUUCUCCAAAAAAGCCUGCCAUUUUAGAUGCUCAACUUGUUCAUCAAAUCUCAAAUACAAUAAAGUUGCGUCACUCUGAGCCCCUCUGGCACAUUCUAAAACCGUAUGAGUCCAAGUUUAGGUCUGACCACCUAAUUUGGGUUCUCAUGAACAUCAGACAUGAUUAUAAAUUGGCUUUAGAUUUCUUUGACUGGGCAUGCCUGCGCAGAGACCCAAACCUUGAAGCCCGUUGCAUAAUUGUUCAGAUUGCUGUGGCUUCAAAGGAUCUAAAAUUGGCUCAUGAUCUUAUUUGUGAUUUUUGGGCAAAACCCAAUUUGGAUUUUGGUGUUUCAUUCACUCAUUUUGUUGACCGGUUAAUAUACACUUACAAGGAAUGGGGUUCAGACCCCCAUGUAUUCGAUAUUUUCUUUCAAGUCCUGAUUGAAGUUGGGAUGCUUGACGAAGCAAGAAGUUUUUUUGACAAGUUAUUGAAGUAUGGAGUGGUUAUCUCUACAGAUUCUUGUAACCUAUAUCUCACACGCCUAUCAGACAAUUUUGAUAGGCUUUGGAUUUCUAUAAAGGUAUUCAAUGAAUUUCCUCAGGUUGGUGUCUGUUGGAAUACUGCAUCAUGCAACAUCAUUAUUAAUUCUCUUUGUCGGUUAGGAAGAGUUAAAGAAGCCCAUUGUUUGCUUAUUCAAAUGAAGUUUAGAGGCGAUGCUCCUGAUGUUGUAAGUUAUAGUACUGUAAUCAAUGGGUAUUGCCUUGGUGGGGAGCUGCAAAAGGUGCUGAAGCUCAUCCAAGAAAUGCAAAUGAAGGGACUGAAGCCAAACUUGUAUACCUACAACAGCAUAAUCCUUCUUCUGUGUAAGAGUGGUAAAGUUGAUGAUGCUGAAAGGGUCUUGAGGGAGAUGAUAAACCAAAGAAUAGUUCCUGACACCGUGGUCUACACAACUCUAAUUGAUGGUUUCUGCAAGUUAGGGAAUAUCCAAGCUGCUUACAAGUUGUUUGAUGAAAUGGAGAAGCAGAGAAUUGUUCCUGAUUUUAUAGCAUAUACUGUUGUUAUUUGUGGGCUUUUUAGAUGUGGAAAGAUGAUGGAAGCAGAUAAGGUCUUUAACAAAAUGUUUAGCAGAGGAGUGGAACCAGAUGAAGUUACAUAUACAACUCUUAUUGAUGGCUAUUGUAAGUCAGGGGAGAUGGAAAAGGCCUUUUCCCUUCACAACCAGAUGGUCCAAAGUGGGCUGACUCCAAAUGUUGUCACAUACACUGCACUUGCUGAUGGCCUUUGUAAGCUUGGACAGGUAGAUACAGCAAACGAGCUCCUUCAUGAAAUGUGCGGAAAGGGUCUUCAAUUGAAUAUCUGCACUUAUAACUCACUUGUUAAUGGCCUUUGUAAAUCAGGAAAUAUCAGGCAAGCAGUAAAGUUGAUGGAAGAAAUGGAGGUGGCCGGCAUGCAUGCUGAUACCAUUACUUUUACCACGUUAAUGGAUGCUUAUUGUAAGACAGGGGAGAUGGUUAAGGCUCAUGAGCUUCUGCGGGAAAUGCUGGAUAGAGGACUUCAACCCACAGUUGUUACAUUCAAUGUGCUCAUGAAUGGGUUUUGUAUGUCAGGAAUGCUGGAAGAUGGUGAGAGGCUACUAGCAUGGAUGUUGGAGAAGGGUAUAAUGCCAAAUACCACCACCUACAAUUCUCUUAUGAAGCAGCACUGCAUUAGAAAUAAUAUGCGUGGCGCUACAGAGAUUUAUAAGGGAAUGUGUGCACGGGGAGUAAUGCCUGAUAGCAACACCUAUAAUAUUUUGAUAAAAGGACAUUGUAAAGCAAGGAAUAUGAAAGAAGCAUGGUUUUUGCACAAAGAAAUGGCUGAGAAGGGGUUUAAUCUCACAGCUAGUUCUUACAAUUCCAUCAUCAAGGGUUUUUUCAAGAAGAAAAAGAUUUCAGAGGCUAGAGAACUAUUUGAAGAGAUGAGAAGAGAAGGGAUGGCUGCUGAUGCAGAAAUAUACAACCUUUUUGUGGAUAUAAGCUACGAAGAAGGGAACAUGGAAACUGCACUUGAGCUCUGUGAUGAAGCAAUAGAGAAUUGUUUUUUGAACAGAAUUGAGAAAGAAAAGCAAUAGUUUUGCUUUGCAUUUUAUGCAAGAUUUUUUAGAUCAACAUAGACAGUCAUUACUCCUUACCAAGUCGGCUGGAGAUUGUUCAAGAUCAAUGAUUUUGAUUGUAACCAAACUUGACUUCCACUGGUUGUGGACACAUAUUGC